GAGCGAGGGCGGCCUCCGCGCAGGCGCGGUGGCGGGAGUUCGGCGGUGAGGAAACAUGGCUUCUCCGACUGUCGCUUCGCGGUUGUAUUCCCUGCUGUUUCGCCGGACUUCCACCUUCGCCCUCACCAUUGCCGUGGGCGCCUUGUUCUUCGAGCGCGCCUUCGACCAAGGCGCAGACGCGAUCUACGAGCACAUCAACGACGGGAAGCUGUGGAAACAUAUAAAGCACAAGUAUGAGAACAAGGAGUAGCUCCUCGACUCCAGGGGCCAGAAGGACCAGGUCUACCUAUUCGCUAUUUGUGCAGAACUGGGGGGCUCAGCUCUUCACAGACCACCUGUAGCUCUUGGCAAGAAAUGGCUCCACCUAACAGACUGUUUAACUUCUACUGUGUUUGAAGUGUGUUUAUUCAGAGUUAUCAGCAAAUAAAUGUAAAUUGGCCUUGA